AUGCAUACCGCUUUCAAUCGCCUGUCGAGCACAUUCGGCUUCUUCACCACUUGCGCAGCGCUCGCAGCCGGCGUUAUCGCACUAUUGACAGUCCUCCCGUUCCCGCCGAUCACAGAGCACCCGAGUGCGAGCAUCAGUGUCAGUAAGGUCGAAGUCGUCAAAGGCAGACCACACUACCAUUCAUCGAAGCGGGAGGAGUACGCACAAAUACGCUUCGAUCUAAAUGCCGAUCUGUCACCACUCUUCAACUGGAACACGAAGCAGCUUUUCGUGUACGUGACGGCCAACUACCCGAGCAGUGCAGGAGGAGUCUCGGAAGCCGUCAUUUGGGAUGCCAUUAUCCCUUCGCCGCAAAGUCCGUACUCCUUCGACAACCUCAAGACACAAUACUGGGAGCCGUGGGUCAACAAGAGCAAGAAAUCCAAAACACUGAAGAGCAAGAAGAGCACAAAGCCAGCAAGGGUCACGACUGAUCUGGUCAAGCCGGGUCUACUCAAUUUACGCAACCAGAAGCCCAAGUACCAUAUCACCGACCCAUCAGGCGUGCUGAGCGAGAGGAACAAUGUAACACUACAAGUCAGCUGGAACAUCCAGCCAUGGGUUGGGGCACUGAUCUGGGACAAAGGAUAUCUGGGCAACCGGGUUGGAGCGUGGGACAUUGGCAAGGAGGGCGUCAGCGAGCCAUUCAACUUCCCUCCGCUCAAAGGCUCAAAGCCUGUCGAGAGCAGUUCUCCGGCGCCAGAGGCGGGCAGUGCGGCACCUGCGACGGAUGUGUAG